CGGAAGUUACGCGACCAGCAGUCUGUCAUCGGAGCUGAUAGCCGCCUGCUGCCCCCAAACACGUCUAAAAUUGAUCGCUCAGAUCGUCUCCAGGAGGAGGUGAGACCAGCUCUGUUGUAAGAUGGAUGAAGACGUGCUGACCACUCUGAAACUGCUGAUCAUUGGCGAAAGUGGAGUCGGAAAGUCCAGCCUCCUCCUGAGAUUCACAGAGGAUACUUUUGAUCCCGAGCAGUCAGCCACAAUAGGUGUGGACUUUAAAGUGAAGACACUUGCAAUAGAGGGAAACAAAGCCAAGCUAGCUAUUUGGGACACAGCUGGACAGGAACGGUUUCGCACUCUCACACCCAGCUACUAUCGUGGUGCACAGGGAGUAAUACUUGUAUAUGAUGUCACGAAGCGUGACACUUUUACGAAGCUUGAAAACUGGCUGAACGAACUGGAAACCUACUCAACACGCAACGACAUAGUAAAAAUGCUGGUUGGGAACAAAAUUGAUAUGGAUGACCGUGAAGUGGACAGAAAUGAGGGUCUGAAAUUUGCCAGGAAACACUCUAUGCUUUUUAUCGAGGCCAGUGCAAAGACCAAAGACGGCGUCCAGUGUGCCUUUGAGGAGCUAGUGGAGAAGAUCCUGCAGACUCCGGGGCUUUGGGAGAGCGAAAACCAGGGUCAGAUCCUCCAGCUCAGGGACCAGGACCAGGCCAGGGGCAGGGCAUGCGGGGGAUAUUGUUCCAUACCUUGAAACUGUGUAAAAUGAAAAAAAAAAUCACCUUAUAGUCGGGACUACGGACCAGAGACCAGAGUUAUUUGCUGGAGUUCUGUUCUUCAGAGCAUUGCAGUUUGCACAAUUACUGUUCAACCAUCAUCACUUAUGUGUCACUACUCUGUUUAAAUAAUGAAUGAAAAAGAAAACAGUGCAGGCACAAGCUCUUCUCUAAGGAAGAACAGUGUUUUAAAUUAACAUAAAGCCACGUAUACUUAUGUGACAUGAGUACGUGUCUGGUUUGAAUUUCUGUCAUUGGCAGCAGUGAUUCAGGUUACUAGCAUAGUGCCUAUAACAUGAACCAGUUUGUAGCUACAGUAGAUUACCUUUCAGAUUUGAUUCAGAGUAAUUAAUUCUAAUAUUGAAGUCUCCUCAGUCCUGAAAAAAAACCCAAUUUUAUUUAUGCUUUAUUGGCUGCAAAUGUCGACCUUUGUGUAGCUGCUCAGUACAAACUCUUCCACCACAAUCGGAGGCUUUGGUAAACACACAGCAUACAGCUUGGAUUGAGGAUGGUGGCAGAGGUUGUAAUGAUUAUAUUAACCUCAAGUUAACACCUAAUGAUGGUUUUUUUAGUGUGUUGCACAUCAGACCACUGUGAAUGCUUCCAAAGAAGGUUUUUUUUCCCUCCAAUGGAGCCCAGUUACUGUUUGUUUCACUUUUAACUUAGUUGUUGAUUUGAUGAUGUAGAUGCUUUCCGUUUAGCCAAUUUCUUGUGUUUAGUCCUCAUAACAUGGUCAUACUCUAAACAAGUAAUCAUAUUUGCCUUGAGGGAUGUUUGUUCCUGACACUACUCGUCUUUGCAUGUGUUAUAUGGACUAUAGCUGCCUUAAUGUUGAGAUGUUUGCAAGAUUGUUUGAAUUGUCUCAAACUAAAAUAAACCUGAAGAUGCUGUCA